GAAUCUCUUUCAAUAACCGGUACGUUUUCUAACAUGAUUCGACUGAUAAAUACCUUUCUCUUGGUGCCCAAGUUUCUUUUUGGCGUUGUUGUUGGUGCUUGUUUCCUUGAAGCGUUGGAUGGGUCCAAGUCCUGAUUGACGCAGUCACGAGUUUUGCACAUGACCUCGACCACCUCGUAAGAAUCCCAAGCGUCCCGACCACCAAAGCCUCUAGUCAAGCAUCGUGUUUUCCUUCUCAGAGAUCUAAAAUGGCUGCUCCCGUUGCUAUGGAGCAUCCCGACCUCACAGACCUUUCCAACGCCCCAGGACAGAAGCGAAAGCGCGCAUCCGAGUCCGCUUCGCCCGAUUCUCGAAGAAACAAGCGCGGUGUUCCACCGGCGACAAUGGCGGUCCCUGAGCCAGAGGCGUUCCUGGAGAAUGCUGUCAGCAUCGCACAAGCAGCCCAUGAUCAUGUCAGCGCCGACGAUUUCAAUGCGCUGGCCCAGGCUGCCUCGGAUCACACAGACACGGCCGAUGCGAACAGCGCUACUAACACUGCCGCCGCCGCCCUCAACAUGUAUCCCACUCUUCAUGUUCCUCCACCAACUGAGGAGACUUUUGCGCCUCCGCCGCCAGGACCAGAGAUGCAGCACCACCACGAGAAUGCCUAUCACAACCCGUCUCCCGUCCAAGAGCCAGACGGACUGCCGCCUAUGACCCCCCAGACAUCUCUUCCACCGGCCAACGGUGUACAGCCUGAACCGCCAAAGUGGGGAACGCAUCUCCCGCCCAAGCCGGCCGUUGGCAGUGAAGAGUGGCACAAGAUGAGGAAAGACAACCACAAAGAAGUGGAGAGACGACGUCGCGAGACUAUCAACGAAGGCAUAAAUGAGCUUGCAAAGAUUGUUCCCGGAUGUGAGAAGAACAAGGGCUCCAUCCUUCAGCGCGCUGUUCAGUUCAUCACUCAGCUUAAGGAGAAUGAAACGCAGAACAUUGAGAAAUGGACACUGGAGAAACUGCUCACGGAGCAGGCUAUCCAGGAACUAAGUCAGUCCAACGACAAGCUUAAACAAGAGGUAGAUCGGCUAUAUCGGGAGAAGGAGAUGUGGAAGAGCAUUGCCGAGUCAGCCGGUUUACAGCCUCCUCAACCAAAAGAGGAACCAGAGGGCAGCAGCUAGCGGGAUGUUACUGAGAGGUUCUUCUGAUUCUUGCUUAGGCUAUUCUCUUCCUGAGAAAUUAUUUGGCGUUCUUAGAUUCUCGUGGGAGUGGACCUCAUGUAUAGCGUCACUCUUGAUUAUUUACCUUAUUCUGGGCUUCGAUAUGGCUGUUUGGAAACAUUAUAACAACAGCACAACAUUCUUUUAUGGUGGUGGUUUUGUAGGUUCUGCGCAAAGCCAUUCAGCAGGUUCCAUGAAAUACCCUUUGAUCAACAGAUUGAUGAUGGCAUCUGACCUUACGUGGAGCUGUGAACGCACGCGCGGAGGAAGCUUGGGUCCAGGACGGAGUGAGGUCCCCAGAUUCCAGCGGGGUUCAGCGGGACUCGGCGGGGUCAAGUCAGUUAUCUGAUAGGCUGGAGAUGACGCAGCAUGUUGACUGGUACAUAUCUAGCUAGGAUGUUGUGAUAUGGCGCCGAUAACGCGACUUUCGUCUACUACAGUACUACCUAUUUACGAGAUGAGAAUAAUGGAGAUCAAUCACAGAGUAACGGAAAAAGGAUACAGAGAGAAGACGUUUGGUAUGGGGUAUCUGCAGUC